AAUCCCCGUGCUGAGGACGUCCUCCUUGAAGUGCCGAUUGAACCUGGUCGAACCCGACGAUCCCCGAAAUCGUCGACGGUGUUCGAACCGCUUCGGAUCUACCUGCACUAUGACGAAUCGGUGCUGAAUUUGCCCACAGAAAAACAGCUAAGUUCGCUUUUGCCCGAGGCUGCCGGCUACUGGGAGGACGUGCUUCGUGUGGCACGCACUGAAGCGCCAAUACGCCUUCGCCGAAAAUGCACUUCAUCGUUUUAUUACUACCGUAAUGAAAAGAAAACCGUGGCUUGUGAUCGAGGUUGUCGAGCGGAGACAAAUUGCGGUGAAACCAUCAUACCUGCGGAACAUUUGCUGCAAUGCUCGUACUGCCUGACUUCGGAUGAUUGUUAUACAUCGGGCGAACAAGGAGAGGGUGUGAAAGACGCCGAUUUCAUACUGUACGUGACAGCGAUCUCUACCAAGCGCUGUGACAGCGUAGAUACGCUCGCCUAUGCGGCUCAUUGUCAGCAAGAAGCGCUGCUCGAUAGGCCGGUAGCGGGCUAUGUGAAUCUGUGCCCUUCGGCUCUGUCCACACAUCGUCACGAUCGGGAGAUUCUCUUCUCCACGGUAAAACACGAGAUUCUGCACGCGCUCGGUUUCAGCGUCGGCCUUUACGCCUUCUUUCGCGACGAAAACGGAAAACCACGUACAAAA